UGCAAAUAGAAUGCCUCAAACGACCACUAUCGAAACUCUUACUGUAACCAGACCACUUAAGGAGGGGAAGGGGCCACGACCCCGGAACACUGCCAUUGAUCUGCAAUCCGUCCGCUUCGCGAGAAAGAGAAAAGGAGUAAAAAAAAGAGAUAAAAAAAAGGGAGAGAAAACAAUUUGUGCGGCGCGCGUUAUAGGGGGUUGCCCUCGUCCGAUAAUACGUUGCGGGGUCCACCAGCGUGACGAAAGCCAUUGACCUCGAGCUCGUUAAUCAACCCUUCUCCCCAUCAUCUAUGACACUUCACGAUCGUCGCGCGGAACCCUUGACACAACGCGCGUAUCUCGGUGUUCUUUGGUGAGAGAGAGUGCUAGAGGGUGGGUUCUAGCCGCUGCGCGUCCUUUUCGCCGACGUCAAGAAAGUAUCGAGAAGCAAAUGAUGUCUCGUGCGCGCAAUCCGAAAAGAAGCGUGUUAUCAUCGCGUAUACGUUUUUGAAGGAAACAUCGCGAAGGAGAAGCUCUCCCUUUGCCCUGACCAGUCGUCGCUGACUCGCGCGUGUUUCUCUCCACGGAUUCGUGAUCACGGACUCGGAAGUGAAAUGAUUAUGUAUACAGUCGCCGAGGAUCACAUGGGCGACAAUGAGAUCGCGCAGGUGAUCGCAUUUAUAUGCGGGAUCAUAGUGGUGCUGCUGAUGAUAAUGGGUUUGGCAUCGACCGACUGGUUGAUGGCCUUAGGAUGGAGACAGGGCUUGUUCGCCCACUGCAUCGAGGAAGGUGCCCCAACACCACUCCCCUUCAACAUGCCUGAUCCCCCGGGAUGCUACGCAGCCAGGGACAGCGCUUACAUAAAGGCAGCUGCGGCUUUGUGCGUGGUGUGUCUUCUGACGGACAUCGCCGCGACGAUUCUCACUGGUUUGGGUUUGCGCACACAGGAUCAUAGGGACAAACAUAAAUAUUAUAGAUUUGCAGUGUUCUGCAUGGGCAUUGCACUGGUGUCCCUUCUAAUAGCACUGAUCAUAUAUCCCAUAUGCUUUGCAGCAGAAUUGAAUCUCGGAAACCGAACCAAUUGGGAAUUCGGUUGGGCAUAUGGCGUCGGUUGGGGGGCGGUAAUUUUCCUAGUUGGAGGAGCAGUAUUGCUAUUGUGUGAGAAGGAAAGUGAAGAGAUUUACUAUAAGGAAAAAAAAACCGUUCGUGAUGAUAUAGGAAGUGGCGGUUCCAUGAUUGGCAUGGGACAUCACACUGGACGAAGUGGAACACAGCUAGCCUAGUGGCAUUGCUCCCUGCCCGAUGUUGUUCUCUAGGUGAUUCGUUUUAUCUUUUUCUGCUCUCAUAGUUCGACACAUGCGCAUACGAGAAAGUAUACAAGCCUAUGAAUGGAUUUUUGAUAGAGCGUUUUUGGCUAAACGCAAAAAAAUUACCCUACGGAUUCUUCGACCAAUCUAACACACACAAAGUAUUAGCAGUUUGAAUACACAAAGUAUUAGCAGUUUAAA